AUGGGUACGAGGUCAAUUCGUCGCGUGGAUAAUUCGUCGCAUGGACGAUUCGUCGCAAUGUAAAUUAAUGAAAGUGAAUAUGACGUGUCGCUUGAUGUAAUUGAAUCAAGUAGACUAUGUUUAAUUAAUUGAAUAAGCCCA